GCGCGAAAACAGAUGCUUAGCAACGAGUAAAUAAAGGAUUUUUUCCUGAUAUUUUCAACUUUUGCGUCUUAAUUCUUCAAUAAAAAUUGCCCAAGUAAUAAAAGACCGCGAGUGAAAGAAUUCUGAAUGACGAAGAAAGGAGGUGUUCAGCAGCUACAAACGGAAAUAAACACAGACGAUGAACUGACCAAGUUCCUGGAGAGAGACGGACUGCUCGUCCUGGACAUCUUCACGGACUGGUGCGGACCUUGUUUGGGCAUGGUUGGGAGUCUGAAGAAGAUAAAGCUGGAACUGGGCGGAGAUGAUCUUCACUUGGCAGUCUGCAAAGUCGACGAGAUUGAGAUCCUGAAGAGAUUCAGGAACAGGAGCGAACCAACGUGGCUGUUCGCAUCGAAAGGCAAAGUUGUAAACUUAAUGUUUGGCGCCAAUGUGCCGAAGCUGAUGAAGCUCAUCGCGGAGGAGCUGAAGAUCGAGAAGAGUGUUCGCGCUGGCGAGGGCGAAAGGACAUUCUUUGAGUUCCAGGAGCUCACGCCGGCCGAGAUGGAGCGCGUGGAGGAAAAGCAGCGCCUCGAGGAGGAGGCCGUGCGGGCUGAACAGGAAUCCAUGAAGAAGAAGCGUCGCGACUUCAUUGUCCACGUCACAGAUGACAUCAUGACGAACAUUCGGGAUCACGGCGUGAUGCUGCUGAUGCCACAAAUACCGAAGGACUCCUUCAGGCGCAUCUCUGAGUCCGCAGAUCCUUUUGGUGUGUGCUGCAAGGACAAGCGCAUCGUGAAGUUGAUGCCUGAUAUGCUGGAGAUCCUGCACUUUGAGUGCGAUAAUCCACUGCCGGAGGACGUGCUCGAGGUGAUCUUCAACAAGGAGCUACAGGCUGUGGCGUGGAAGGUGGCAGAUCAGGAGACUCGUCCUGUGGAGGAAGUGCUGCAGCUGGUUCACGCCGCUCUCACGGACCCUCAGUUUGUGACCACACAGAACGAUGCUGGCGAGGAAGUUGAGGUGCAAUUGUCUCCCGUCUUGUGUGCCGCCGAACUGGAUCCGCCACGAGCCACACCGUCACCCAGUCUGGAGAAGGUCGAGGAGAGGCCAAAGGUGCUGGUUCCAGCCGCCUGGACGCCACUGAAUCGCCGAGCAAACGCCGCGCUGAUCUACUUGUUUUUUCGCAGUCUGACUGAGUUAUUCCUGCCGCCGGAUCCCGUACCAGAUCCACCUCAUCUGGCCAUCAUCUUCGACGCCUUCAAAAAGCAGGACAUCAUGGACGCCUGCCAGAAGCAUAAGGAAGCCGUCCUGGCCUACGGAUACUUCACAUCUGCUGAUCCAAAGGCCACCGAACUCAUCGCGAACACCAAUGAUUCUUAUGCUAAGGUGAAGCGCACUGUCAGCGACAAGCUCGUCCUAAAGGUGACCAAAGCUAACACGGAAGCCGUGCUGGAGCUCGUCUCGCUCGGGCCGUGCUUCGUCAGCCAGAACUGCGUUCAGGGUGAAGCUGAGUGUCUCUCCUUCUUCCCCGAGGGCUACACCAAUCGUGAGGAGGGCGAAGCCGUCGAGGAGGAGCACCUGGAGGUGAGCAAGCGCGGCAAGAAGAAGAAAAAGAAGAAGAAGGACGAGGACACGUCGUCAGUGCAGAAUGGGCAGGAAGUGGCGGAUAUCGCGGCGCUGGAGGAGGCAAUCGAGGAGCACGAGGGCGACGAGAAAACCUCCAACGAUGGUCACGACAAGGAGGAAGAAGCGCCCUCAGAGAACGCCUAG